GAUUCCUUGGAGGCGCAGCGAAGCUCAUGCGCGGUUCCCGGAUCGAUACUCCGUCUCUGGAGCCCCUGAUGAUGGCGGAGAAUGGCUUUUUGGGGCUUAGAGAUGGUAGCAUUGAGCUAUGUUUUGGUUUCUAGGGUUUUGUGGUGUUGGAUUUGGUUGGAUCUGAGAAGAUGGCGCUGUUUCGAAAGUUUUUUUACCGCAAGCCACCUGAUGGGUUGCUGGAGAUCUCUGAGAGGGUUUACGUGUUCGAUUGUUGCUUCUCAACUGAUGUUUUGGAAGAAGAUCAGUACAAAGUCUACAUGGGAGGAAUUGUGGGUCAAUUACGAGAACAUUUCCCUGAUGCAUCCUUUAUGGUCUUCAACUUUCGUGAUGGAGAGAACCAAAGCCAGAUUGCCAAUGUCUUGUUAGAAUAUGACAUGACUGUUAUGGACUAUCCCCGUCAUUAUGAAGGUUGCCCAUUGCUGACAAUGGAGAUGAUCCACCAUUUCCUUAGGUCAAGUGAGAGCUGGCUUUCUUUAGGGCAACAAAACCUUUUGUUGAUGCACUGUGAGAGAGGUGGCUGGCCAGUUCUUGCCUUCAUGUUAGCAGGCCUUCUGAUUUACCGAAAGCAGUAUUCAGGGGAGCAGAAGACUCUGGAAAUGAUAUACAAGCAAGCGCCUCGUGAGCUUUUGCAGCUGCUAUCGCCAUUGAAUCCUGUACCCUCCCAGUUUAGAUACUUACAAUAUGUAUCCAGGAGGAAUGUAGCCUCUGAGUGGCCUCCGCUGGAUAGGGCACUUACGUUGGAUUGCAUCAUCCUUAGGAUAAUUCCAAUCUUCGAUGGAGAGGGUGGGUGCAGGCCGAUAUUUCGGAUUUAUGGACAGGAUCCCUUUAUUGCCAGUGACCGGACACCUAAGGUUCUCUUUUCAACACCAAAGAAAAGCAAAAUUGCUAGGCUUUACAAACAAGCAGAUUGUGAACUAGUUAAAAUUGACAUUCACUGCCAUAUUCAAGGAGAUGUUGUACUCGAAUGCAUUAAUUUGGAGGAGGAUUUUGAAAGGGAAGAAAUGAUGUUUAGGGUUAUGUUCAACACUGCUUUCAUCAGGUCUAAUAUAUUGAUGCUAAAUCGUGAUGAGAUUGACAUUUUGUGGGAUGCUAAGGAUCGAUUUCCAAAGGAUUUUAGAGCUGAGGUUCUCUUCUCAGAAAUGGAUGCGGCUCCCUCACCUAUCAGUAUGGAGUUGUCUAGUGUUGAGGAGAAAGAAGGGCUACCUAUGGAAGCAUUUUCCAAGGUGCAAGAGAUUUUCAGCGGUAUAGAUUUGUUAGACCCAAAGGGUGACGCUGCACUUCAAGUUCUUCAGCAGAUAACAUCCUCGAAUGCCUUCCAGGAAAAAUUGGAAAUACUUUCUCCCCAGAAUUUGGAUGCACUUUCACUGCACAAGGCAGACAAUCUUUCACCACUGAACUUGGAAAUCGCUUCCCCUCAAAUGGUUGUGAAUCCUGUGACUUGUCCUGUACCACAGAAUUCAAUCCCUGAAAUGCUAGAGAAGACAGUGCAAUCUGAGGAAUCAUCGGAUAUGGUCAAGAAAACAUCAGCCUCAGUAACGAAACAACAGCCUACUCUUCCUGAAAAACCAUCUCCUGUUUCAAUCACAAAGAGCCAAAAUACUCAACUGAAUGAGCUCCAAAUCCCAUUACAGCGCCCUCCUCAACUUUGUAUACCAUCAUCCUCAGCACGGUCAAGUCCAGUUUCUUCUAAUAAUUCACACCGAAGCUCUCCAUCAUCUAUGUCAAGAUAUCACAGUGCUCCUUCUGCUCUUGGAAUUACAGCUCUGCUGCAUGAUCAUGCUGCGUUUGGAAGCUCUGAGUUUAGUCAUUCGAGGAGGACAUCCUCUUCUCCGUCCAUUUCACCAAUCACUGCUUCUGGGUUGUCUGAGCCUCCUGGGCAGAGUGUUUCUUCUUUGUCAUUUUCCUCAUCAGCACAAUUGUCUUCUGAAGCAAGUUCUGUUGAGAAAACUAAUUUUUCCCCUGCUCUCUCAUCACCAACAUCACAACCACCUCUCAGACAAGUGAAAUCGGUGUCACUAUUAGCACAGACAGUGACACCGUUUACAGAAGCAUUGAAGGUACCAUCUCCAUCAAGUUCUUGGUUGCUUUCAACUUCAAAACAAUUAACUUCCACACCUUCCCAAAGACCAUUGUUACCACCACCACCUCCUCCACCACCUCCACCUCCAUCCUUCAUUGCUUCAAAUGUCAAAACCAAUGCUCGGGUACCACCUAAAGAUCAACCAUCUUCAGGCAAUAUCCUUCCCCCUUCAUUAUUAACUCCUACUCCUGACACUUGCCUGUGUAGAACCUCUACCUUACCACCUCCUCCUCCUCCACCUAUGCUUGGCUUCACUUCCUGUCCACCUUUGGUUGCGUCAACUGCUCCUCCAGCACCGCCUUUACCUCCCCCACCUAUGGUUAUGUCAAAUCGACAUCACACUACUUCACCCAAAGCCUCAAGUCGCCCCCCACCUCCUCCUCCCCCACCUAAGGUCAUGUCAACCAACCCUCCACCAUCUCCUAUGAAGAAGGCAUCUGGCAGUAGUAAUGCACCUCCUCCACCACCCCCUCCUUCACAUUCCGGUCACGCUUUGCCUACAAGUUCACCAUCUGCACCUCCUCCCCCUCCUCCCCCACCUAUGGUCACAUCAACUGGUCCUCCACCUUCUCCAAUGAAGAAGGUAUCUGUCAGUAGUAAUACACCUCCUCCACCACCCCCUCCUUCAAAUUUUAGUCAUGCUUUGCCUGCAAGUUCACCAUCUGCGCCCCCUCCACCUCCUCCACCUCAUCAUGUGACUCAUAACUCUGGGGCUAUUGCAUCUAGAAAGUCCCCAGUUGGACCGCCUGUUCCACCACCUCCUGCGUUGGUACAAGGCACUUUGAAGGGGUCUGGUGUUCCUUCUCCCCAUUCUAACGUAAAUAAUCAUCAUGCCGUACCUCCACCACCUUCUGGUGGUAUCGGUGCAAAGGGACGAGCCUUAGCACGUACUCCCAGUCCAAGAAAUGGGCAAUCAACACAAGGAUCAUCCAAAAAGACUUCUUUAAAACCUUUGCACUGGGUUAAAGUAACAAGAGCAAUGCAAGGGAGUUUAUGGGCAGAGACACAAAAACUUGAUGAAUCCUCCAAGGCUCCAGAGUUCGACAUGUCUGAGCUUGAGAGUCUUUUCUCAGCAGCAGUACCUAGUUCAGAUGCCAAGGACUCAGCUGACAAAUCACGGCGAUCAUCACUCGGGCCAAAAUCAGACAAAAUUCAUCUGAUUGAUCUUAGGCGUGCUAAUAAUUGUGAAAUCAUGUUAACAAAAGUUAAGAUGCCAUUGCCAGAUUUAAUGAGUUCUGUACUGGCCCUGGAUGAUUCUGCCUUAGAUGUGGAUCAGAUAGAUAAUCUCAUCAAGUUUUCUCCAACAAAAGAGGAAAUGGACUUACUCAAGAAUUACAAUGGAGAUAAAGAAAAUCUAGGGAAAUGUGAGCAGUUCUUCUUAGAGUUGAUGAAAAUACCAAGAGUGGAAUCCAAGCUGAGAGUAUUCUCAUUUAAGAUCCAGUUUCGCACGCAGGUUGGUGAUCUCAGCACUAACCUGAACAUUGUCAAUUCAGCAGCAGAAGAGGUCAGAAAUUCUGUUAAAUUGAAAAGAAUUAUGCAGACAAUUCUUUCUUUGGGAAAUGCAUUAAACCAGGGUACUGCCAGAGGUUCUGCCAUUGGAUUUAGAUUGGAUAGCCUCCUCAAACUUACUGAUACCCGUGCACGAAACAACAAGAUGACGCUUAUGCAUUACCUCUGCAAGGUUCUGGCUGAUAAACUCCCUGAACUCCUUGAUUUCCCCAAGGACCUAGUGAGCUUGGAAGCCGCAUCAAAAAUACAACUGAAAUCUUUGGCAGAAGAAAUGCAAGCAAUAAGCAAAGGGUUGGAGAAAGUAGAACAAGAGUUAACGACAUCUGAAAAUGAUGGCCCUGUAUCAGAAAUCUUUCGCAAGACAUUGAAGGAGUUUCUUGUCGGUGCUGAAGCAGAAGUGAGGGCCUUAACCUCACUAUAUUCCGGGGUGGGUAGAAAUGCUGAUGCCCUAGCCCUUUAUUUCGGAGAAGACCCUACACGCUGUCCUUUUGAGCAAGUGGUCUCUACCCUUCUCAACUUUGUGAGAAUGUUCGGUCGUGCGCAGGAAGAGAACUGUAAACAGAUUGAACUGGAGAAGAAGAAAGCCCAGAAAGAAUCGGAAAAUGUAAAAAUGAAGCUCGGUGUUUCCAAGAAAGAACCGGAGAACUUAUUAUCUUCUCCGCCGCUGAACACCAUCACGAAAUAAUCGAUACACUGAUGAUAGGCCUAAUUUUACUGACCCUGUACUUUCUUCAACAGGUAAAGAAAAGGUAAACCAGUUUCUCCAUCAACUUCAAUGACAAGUAACAAAAACAUUAGAAUGGAUGUUCUGCUACUAGAUUUUACGGCAAACAUACGCGAAAACCAUUUCAACCAAAUGUAAUAAGCAAAGUCGAAGAAUUAUCCAGUCUGACGCUCUAUUUUUCAGAAAGAGGUGCAGUUGGGGAAUUUACCACCCUUCAGAAACGUCGUCAUCGUGUAUAAUACUGCUAACCUGAUUCGACAUCUUUGUGGUCGAUUUUUUCUCUGAACAUGUUGUCUGCCUGUAGUUUUAGCAUCAUUCUUUC